GGCGCGCGCACGCGCGUGCUCGCGUUCGCGUGUGUACCCGAGUGCGUGUAGCGCGCGCGCGUAGUGGGAAAAAGAGUAGUAGAAGUAGUAGUAGUAGUCGCCCGCAGUCACCGACGACGGCCGGCACCACUGCAGCGUGUGUGUGUUAUAUUGCACGUACGUAAGUUAAAAUUAUUAUUAUUAUUGUUGUCGUUAUUAUUACUACUAUCUCUGCCUGCGCCGACGACGACAACGACGAGGGAAACGACGACGUUAGCGGCCGAUGAGCGACACGCGACCGCCCGACUGUUAUUACUCGGACCGGAAGAAGAGCGCUUCGUCAAUAUAAUAUAAUAUAGCACGUCCGUCGUAAGGAGGUAAGCCCGCUCGAAUAUAAUAAUAUUGUCAUAGUCGUUACUAGUAUUAUAUUCAUGUAUAAUAUUACGGCGGUUGCGUGUUGAAUUAUUCGCGCUGCUCGCGGAAAAACCGUUUCCGGGGCAUCCCUGCCCCGCCGCCCCCACCCGGCGAGUAUCACUCCGAUAAGACCACCUGCACCCCCACCCCAUAAGCGAUGCACUCUUCGUCAGCGGUGCAACAGGCGCACCACCACCGUCAACAGCAGCAAAAGCAGCAGCAGCAGCAACAGCAACAGCAACAGCAACAACUACAGCAAUCUCCGUCGUCUAACAACAACAAUAACAAUAAUAAAGACGACGUGGUCAUGGGACAACUGUUGCAGAGAUCGCUGCAAAACGUCGCCCUGUCGCUGCAGACCACGUUCGUGUCGUCGCUGCAGCAGGCCGCGCUACUGCCACCAGACUCACCGGUGGCGGCGGCACUCAACCUGCAGGCCCUCGAAUCGUACAUCACGCUACAGCGAUUGACAGCCGUGCCCCGUCAACCCGCGGUAACCGCAGUGACCGUCGAUCGAGCGCACGCUAAUGGCAGUGUGGUGGUUGUGCACGAAUUGUUGGAUGACGAGGACGAGGACGACGGCGUCAAAUGCGGCAAACCGUCUUCGGUGGACGCUGAAGACGCUGACUACCUCGACGACGACGACGACGAUGACGACGACCCCGACGACAGACCGACGCCUUUGGACGCCAGCGGAGUUGCAGCUAAGGCUGCCGCUACGGCCGCCAUUGUCGUGGCCGCCAGCAGGGGAGGCCGUCUCCCGGCGUUCGCUAAAGAGCUGUCCAGCUUGUCACCCAGAGCUAACAGGCUGUCCGCGUCGUUGACCGCUGCCGCCGCCGCCGCCGCCGUCUGCACCACGGCGAUCGUCGACGAGGAUAGUACCGUCACAGCCACUGCAGACGCCGCCGACGAACCCGUCGCCGCCUCGCGACACUUGCACAACCUCCAGGACAACAACAACGGACCCGUCCCGAGACCUAAGAAACAGUUCAUCUGUCGGUUCUGCAACAGGCACUUCACCAAGUCAUACAAUCUUCUCAUACACGAGCGCACCCACACGGACGAGCGGCCGUACUCGUGUGACAUUUGUAAAAAGGCUUUCAGAAGGCAAGACCAUCUCAGGGAUCACAGGUACAUUCACUCCAAGGAGAAACCAUUCAAGUGCUUAGAGUGUGGCAAAGGGUUCUGCCAGUCGCGCACGUUAGCCGUGCACAAGAUCCUUCACCUGGAGGAGUCGCCGCACAAGUGUCCAGUAUGCAGCCGGAGCUUCAACCAGCGAUCCAACCUGAAGACACACCUGUUGACGCAUACCGACAUUAAACCAUACAACUGUCCGACGUGCAGUAAGGUGUUUCGCCGGAACUGCGACCUGCGUCGGCACAGCCUCACGCACAACUUGUCGCCUGUGUCCGCGGCGUCGGUACAGCUGGCGUACGCAACUACCGAACUGCAGUCGACCGCAGUCAUCGCUGACGUGCAUGGAAGCGACAACGACACCAUAGCGGCUACGGACAGAUGUGGCCGCUGAUCUCAUUUUGAAAGGAAGAAAAAACAAAUAAUUAAAAUAAAACGAAUCCAUCCCACCCUCCCCCGGCCCACCGCUAUGAAAACUACGGUAUUGAGUUUUAUUUUCUUACUUUUAAAUUAAACGUAGGCAACCAAACACGCGAAAAUAUCAUAAUAUUACAAUAAACGUGCAAAUUAUGAGUACAAUUUUAUUCAUUUUUUUCUAUUUGUCGAUAUAUAUGCGCCUAAAGGAUUUAAUCUGACCAUGUCUUUCUAUUUCCGUUACUUUGCGGCGGACUAAUAUGUAUAUUAUACGAUUCCCUCGUUCUUGCUGUUUAUAUUUAAUUAUUAUAUUUUGAUUAUCAUUAUUAUUUUUACGUGAUUUUUUUAUUACUUAACUCGCUAAAUGACACGCUCGUCAUAAAUUAUAUGUUAUUUAUGUACAUUAUUACGGUACAGUAACCGCUCGUCUUCGUAGUUGUACUGAAAAAUAUGUACAUAUAAUAUAUUCAUGUUAUAUUUGCGAUUUGUUAGAAAAAACUCCUAUAAUACUAAUUUGUAAGUUGUAUACAUAAUAAAUGAUUUAUAUAAUUUA